AGUAAAAAUACACUAUAAAAGCUCGAUUAGCAUCAACGAAAAGAAUCAUUUAAAGCAAGAAGAGAUCGAAAUCAUGAAAUUUCUCCUACUCUUUUCGUGUCUGCUGACAACACUUGUUCUCCAAAAUUCAGUUCAAGUAGAUGCUGCACCAAAAAAAGAUUUUUGUAAAACAAAGAAAGACGGACAUUACGUUUAUCAACCAGAUUGUCGAAAAUACAUAUCAUGUUCUGCUGGGCAAACGCACCUUAUGCCGUGCCCAAAAGGGUUAUGGUUUGAUGCUGGAAGAAAUUCUUGUGAAUAUCCUGCUACAAUAAAAAAUUUGACGUGUACAGCACCGACUAGUUUUCAUACAGACUCUUCUAUUAUCGAUUCUGUAUGCAUCGGAGCCAAAGCAGGUUCAUAUCCACAUCCAGUGGAAUGUUCUAAAUUCAUUGUAUGCAAUGGAAAAGAUCAAGGGGUUGUGAGAUCAUGUAGGGCGAAUAGUAACUUUGAUCCAGACUACAAAUUAUGUGUAUGGAAACAUAUUUACGUAUGCACAGGGCCAAAUUUCUGUAAAGGAAAACUCGACGGUGAUUAUAUUGACCCGAAUACUUGUACCGGCUUAAUCAAAUGUGUCGGAGGAUUGACGUACCGUCAUCCGUGUCCAAGUGGAUUAUGGUAUGAUCAUAAAUUAAACCGUUGUGACUACCCAAAGAAUGUUGAUUGCAAACCGAAAACAACAAAACCUCCUGCCACCACAACUUUGACGCCAACGACAACAACCACCACAAAAACUACGCCACCAACCACCACAACCACUACAACAACUACGCCACCAACAACAACUACGCCACCAACGACCACAACCGCCACAACAACUCCGCCACUAACGACAACUCAAGCUAAAACAACCAGUCCUGCAGGUUCAUUUUGCAGAGGAAAAAAACCUGGAAAUUACGCGGAUCCAACCAGAUGUGAUGGCUUUAUCACUUGCGUUGGGGAUAUUAUUCACCAAAUGAACUGUCCACAUGGACUCUGGUACAACUGGAAAAUAGAUAAAUGUGAUUGGCCGAAAAAUGUGGACUGCAAGCCUCUACCUACCAAAACCCCAUCGUCUAACUUUUGUGGUGGUAAAGUACCAGGUAACUACGCUGACCCGACACGAUGUGACGGCUACAUUACUUGUGUUAGCAACAUCAUUUAUAAAAUGACGUGUCCAUUUGGGUUAUGGUUUAACACGAAAACAAAGAUUUGUGAUUGGCCAAGAAAUGUCGAUUGUAAAGUAACGACUGGAAAACCAGCAACACACCCACCAACAAGAACUCCAACUGCCAAUCCAACUGUGCACCCGUCAGCAUGCAAAGGUCGUGUUGGUACGUAUCCUGUUCCCAACACUUGCACUCAAUUUGCAUCCUGUCUUCAGGAUGGAACGAGAAUCGUCAAGCAAUGCCCACACGGCUUACAUUUCCAUCCUGUACACCUUGUUUGCGUCUGGUCAUACAAUUAUCCUUGCUCAAACGGAAAACCAGUCUCACAUAUUUGCACCAACAAAAACGACGGUAAUUACAAAGACCCGAAUCGUUGCGAUGGUUACAUUUCUUGUGUCGCAGGUUUAAGAUAUCUGAUGGAUUGUCCGUAUGGGUUGUGGUACAAUGAAAUGACAGACACAUGUGAUUACCCUGCCAAUGUUCAGUGCUCGGUACUCCAAUACACGCCACCGCCAUCCACGCCACCGCCAACAAAAACUGGUGUGUUGAAUCAUUUCUGUCAAGGAAAAAGAAACGGAAAUUAUGCUAACCCGAAAAACUGUAGCGGGUACAUUACGUGCGAUACUGGUUUUACCGCGUUGAUGAAUUGCCCCAGUGGAUUGUGGUAUAAUGAAACAAUAGACCGAUGUGAUCAUCCUCAGAAUGUGCAAUGUCAGGUUUCCGUACCAUCGCAAAGACCGUCAUUUUCAUGCAUUGGUAAACUCAUCGGCGCAUAUCCAACGCUUGACCGUUGUAGCAAGUUUUACGUUUGCAACGGCAAACAUGAUGUUGCCGAACUAAAGACAUGUCCAAAACACACAAAUUUUUUUCCUAAACUUAAAGUUUGUGUCUGGUCAUAUUCUUACUCUUGCGAAGAUCCAAACUUUUGUGUCGGAAUGUCAGAUGGUUUGUACAGAAACAAGAAUAAUUGUUAUGGUUACUACGAGUGUACUGUUGGUCGUACGUUUCCACGAAAUUGUGAAGCAGGGAAGAGAUUCAAUGGAAAUCACUGCGUUAGCGCUGCUCAGUAUGUUUGUCCCUAAACUCAAGACGACAGGAGGAGACGAAUAAGUUCUAAAAAUGACAUAAAUUGUUCUUGUACCGAUUCAGACUUUGUUUUCUAAAUUAACAGUGUUGAAUACAAUCAAAGGCAAAUAAAAAGAGAAAUAUCCAAAUUUUAAGGUUUUUCUUUAGACUGAUAGAUAGAUGGAUAUUCAAGGUUUUCAACGUCUCCUUUUAUUUUUUUUAGUUUUUAGGAUUCAGCAGAAAUCCUGGCACAAAUCCUCGUAAAGAUAAAAACCGUAAAGGACACGUGUGCGAGUUUUAAUAAAAACUACGCGUUUUUUCAAUUGAUCCAUAUUUCGAUAUAUUUUAAAGUCAUCUUCAGGUUGGGCUAAUCCCAUCUAAACACUCUCAUUUCACAACUUUUUUCCUAUUUUUUCUCUGUUCAUGAAUAAUUACAAGUAGCAUUUAUGUCUAAUUUUCUACAUGUAGCUAAUUUUUUGUGAUAAUUAUAUUGUUUCUAAAUUUAGCUUUUGUCCAUCUUUUUCCUUGUACCUAUAUACUCCAAGCUUUAUGAAAAAUGUUAUCAAUAACAAAUGCGUAGUUUUUAUGAAAAUUCGUAAAGAUAGCUCUUAACAAGCCAUUUUAUUAUUUUUAUUUUAAAUUUAUAGGCGGUGCAAAGAGCUAAUUUAUUAUCAGUAUUUAGUAUAAGUAACUUUAGCAGUACAUUUUUUCUUAAAUCUAGAACCCGAGUUUCAAAUGUUUAGUGGGGUUAUGUAUACAUUGAAGUUAAAGGCGUUGCUUUAUUUUUAGUCUACCAUUCUUAUUUGA